GCGACUUGCUGGACUGAAGCGUGUUUCUAGGCGCGAAAGACUCGCAGGUAAAGCCGUUGUCAGGUCACAUUUCGAAGAUCCGCCGUCAGAGCGUGCCUUACCCACGAGGCUUGCUAAUCCAUCCUCGGAACCAAAAUUACUCAUGGGAAGAGGGCCUCCUUGUGACCUUGCCAAAAAUAAGGGGAAACAACAGCAGCAGCCAGAUAGGCGCUGUGCUUCUCAUCCAAUAUCAACAAGCUCUAUUACAAUUCCGCUUUCUUUUCCUACCUCAUGGCUUGUCGACCCAUUCAGUACAUUGCCAGGUGCCAGUGAUGUGCCUAUCAUUAUUACUCGACUAGUCUUUCAUUGUGAGUCGACUGCUUUGUCUCUACCUGCUAUCUUGUUUCCUGGUGUAGGUGUCCGCUAGCGAUUUUCUGGGUUUCACAUAGUAUAUGUCGAUUAAUAAAGUGCACUGUCU